CUACAAUCCACUGUUCUCCGGAAGUGAGUCCCACGUGUUCUUCUCUUCCUGCACUCUCCAGUGCCUUAUCUUCAAACUAGAGAGCAAUCUGAUCUACAGGAACCCAAAAGCUUAUGCAAAAGAUUAGUGCUGUAUUUUUUGUAAAUGGCAUCAACAGGGAAUGCUUGUUCCUUGCUUAUGACUAAAGGGCAACACCCAUUUUCAUCUCUCAGACUACCCUCAACUUCUCCAAGAAUCCUCUUUUGUAAUUCCUUCAAACCCGUAUUAGGGAUUGAGGGACCGAAACCACGGGCUGUGUAUCUAACUUAUUCAUCUUUGAAGGAUUUUAAACACGAAUCCGAGGUGGCUGCUGGUAAAGCAGUAGAAGAUGAGGUGGGGAUAGUGGAACCUCGUCCUCACACGCUCCUCUACUCCUUCCCUCCUUCUCCCUGGCUGCUUUUCGCUGCUCUUCCUGGAGAUGGAAGUGUGAGGUCUAUGCUUGGGCCAUUUGUGGAGCUGGUUAAAACAUGGAAUCUUCCAGAAUGGGUCGUGCACUGGGGUCAUCCCGGGAACAUGGCUGUUGUGCUCAUCGCCAUGGGUGGUUAUGGCACUUACCUGGGUUUCCGAAUCAGGUCUUCGAAUGAUGUGGAGGAAAGGGCCAAGGCCAAAGACUUGCAUCCUAAACUCCUAGCUGGAAUGUUCUUCUUCUUUGCUCUUGGAGCCACGGGAGGGAUUAUCUCUUUGCUCACUUCAGACAAGCCCAUCCUUGAGAGCCCUCAUGCUGUCACUGCCUUUCUUGGCCUUGCUCUUCUCACCAUUCAGACCCUAUUACCAGCACUCUUUGAGGUAGGUAAACCUUUCACACCGUUUCAACAUUUCUGCUGCAUUUCCGUUUCCUUUUAUGCUCCCUUUAACCAAACAUCUUAGUCCCUUUCAUGAUGAUGAUGCUCAAAUUUAUGCCAACUCACGUCAACCUCUGCUCAGAUUACAAGGUGGACUCAAGUGUCUAAAACUGAGUGUUUCUAAUUUAUAAUUAAAGGAUGAUAAAGUCACACUUUUAUUCACCCAAUGUUUUGCAUUACGUGGUUCCUUCUGGACUCGAUACUAAAAAGUUGUAGUUGUACUCAUUUAAUAAUCUCUCCGAAAUUGAUUUGCAAAGUCAACACUUUUUUGUCACUUUUUUGAUAAUUAAUUCAAUUUUUAAUAAUUAAAAUUUACAUAUCUCCAAAUUAGAGUACAACAACAAUAUCCAAGCCUUAAUACCCAAAGAUUCUGGGGUCGGAUAAUAUAAAUCGAUCCGUGAUAUCGAUGCCAAAAGAAGAAGAGAAAGAAGAAGAAGAAGAAGAAGAAGAAGAAAAAGAAAAGAAAAAAAAGUGAGAUAAAACGGAUAAGAUAAAGAUGAAUAAAUAUAAAACAACAAUAACAUAAGAAUAUAAGAAAGAGAAAAGAUAAAAAUAUAAAAGAGUAUAAAAAGCUAGAAGAUAAAAAAAACAUAAGCACAUAAAAAGAUAAAGAAAAUGAACGAUAAGAGAAAAAGAGAGAGAAAAGAUAGAAAAGAAAUCAAUCAUCCACACGAAUGUGCGCCCUCCACUUUGCUUUCUUCAAAGUCAUACUCUCACCGAACCCAAGAAGACGCAUAUCAGUUCUGAUUCAAUUUUUGGAAGUUAACUGCGUUUUAUAUGUAUAUUCCGGCGCAGUUAUCUUUCAAAAAUCAUACGCGGCCUUCCCGAUUAAAUUUUUAGCCGAACCUUUUUGUGGAUAAACUAGACUUGAUGAAGAACAUGCCAUAAAUAUUUCAUCAAAAAAAUUCACCGGGAAGGGUCCCAAACGCUGCUGUCUGGACGGCGGUUCCGGUCAGGAUUUCCUGACCGGAAGAGUACUCUAUAAAGUAAUUGUUUAAACUAUUAAUAGAAUCCUAUUUGCAUUUUGAAACACCUUUAUACACCGAACGUAAGGUAUAGGCAGACAUUAAGGUAUAAUGUUUUUAAAAAAUUCUUUCAUGAAAUCACAAAAAUAGUGAACGUAAGGGGUAUUGGAAAAUUCAGAAAAAGCACCGGCGAGAUUAACAGUUUCAACAAAAAAUUGGUUUGUCGUAGUUUAUAAACAUGACUAAAAGUUUGAGUUACGUUAUAAAAAAAAUACCAAAACUUGGAAAAAAAUUCCUUAAUGUCCAUUUUAAUCGGUUCUAUAAUAUAAUUAGCCGUUUCUUUUUAUAAAGAAGGAAAAUAUUUUUUAAAUCUAAUAAGUACAGCAAUUAAAUUUUUUACAUUUGGAUUAGUAUAUCCAUAAACCUCCGUUCUACCUGCGGCCGUCUCCCUUGAAUAAGGGUUCCGGUUUUUGCCGUCUUGUGUGCGACGGUUAGAUUUAGUCGUCCUUUGGAGCGACGAUUAGGUUAGCAGAGAAGGAUUUAUUCGCAGGAAUAUCGCUAGGCGUGCUGUGGCGGCCGAGGGAGAAGGAGUUGCGGGGGCCAAGGGAGGGAGAAAGGGAGGCGUCUAGAAGGGUUGAAAUUGCGGGGCAGAUGGAAGUUGCGCGCCAAUGAAUCAAUCGAACAACGGGCGGGAGCUGUGCCUUGUUUGUGUCAACAAUCAUUGCGAUGAUCCGGCCUCCUCCUGAACCACUGCCAGGGGAAUAGGGGAUGAACGAGGUGCUAGGAUUCAAGACACUUGUUUUGCUUAUUUAGAAUUUUUCUUGUUUCAUCCUCCUCAUAUUAGUUUUUAUUAUUUUAUCAUUUGGUUUCUUGUUACCGUCUCUGUUGUUAGUUUUGUUAGUUUGUUUGGGAUUUUAGCCUCCUUUUAUGUCAUUGGUAUGUUUGCAUCUGCGAGAACAGAGAUGAUUGUGUCAAGCCCGCUGCAUGGUUAGCGAUUCGUGUUGCUCUUUCAGAUGUGACUAAUAAGUCUGUAUUACAACACACAUUUGAUGCGUGUUGGGAUCGGCUUUUGAUGUUUUUCUUAACUUUUAAGUGUCACAAGUCUCAAUUUUAGCUCAAAAUUAUGUUUACCGGGCGUUGGUUCAAGUUUUGUGUUAUUUGGAGUCAAAAUCAAGAAUUAGAUUCUGGCACUGACACUUGAAAAGCAAUCAGGAUAAGUUGAUGAUGCAUUCGAUAUAGAAUUGAGAGCUUUGGAGGUCACCGGGAGGUUCACGAUGAAGUUUUGAUGACAAGAGAGCUCUAGGAGUGACUACGAGAUCAAAUGAAGAGGAAUAGAGCUUGAAAACGGCGUUCAGUAUGACCUAUCAAUCAUUCAAGCAUAUCUUUUUGUAAAAACAUCCAAAUGACACGAUACAAGUUCCAUGUGAAAGCCAACUUCAAGUGCUACAAAUCAUAUGAAGACACCAUUGCAAGAAUCCGAGAGGAGAAAUGUGAAAACAGACGAAGAAGUCAGAUAAUCGUUGUUGCGAUUUCAGAAUGCGACCUUCCACCAUUUUAUUCAUAUCAUUUGAUGGGAUGAUCCAAACCAAGUUUUGCAAGUUAUGGUGGAUAGAGCAUUGUCAAAUUCGGAGAGGAAACAAUGCUAGAGCCACUGCCAGUCACACACGCCAUGCCUGCCCAGAAGGCAUGUCGUGCCGUACUCGGGACGCGCGUUUUUGCUCCGCAGGCACGGUUGUGCCUGGCGUCGUGCCUGACCCCGGAUCUCCUAUUCCAGCUCGAAUUUUACCCCUUUUCCCUAUUUAAACAACUCGUAAACCCCUAUUUUGAGGGGGAGCUUAGAGAGAGGCCCAGGGAUGAAUUUUAGAGAGCUUUUCAGCUUUGUUCUUCAAUUCCUUGGGAUUAUUUGUAAGUUCCUAAUUUUUAAUUAAUGACAAUUAAUUAUAUUCUCCCCAAUUCUAUUGAUUCUUUAAUUAUGAGUUGUGAGUAGUCUUAAUUAGGGAUUUAGGGUUGAUGAAGG